UAAUUUCACAAAAGGAUUAUUAGGCUGAGUGAAGAAGUAUAAUGUUUGAACUACAAUAUUCAAAUCAUUUGAGUAGGGUUAGAGUAUUAUUAUAUGGCAUGUAAUAAAGCAAACAUGGCGAAACAUUUGCGGAUUUUGGUUACCACCAUGUUUGUUGUCCUUUCGGUGGAUGCAUUCAAUACUUGCAGUAAUGGUAUCCGUUGCGCUCAACCUUUAUUCAACUGUUGUCAUAACAACGAAUCUGAUUAUUAUUGCUGUUCUGAUAAUGAGUUCAUAUAUAAUAACACAUACGACACAAGCUCUCCAGUUACAACUACAGAUACAAUAAACAUACACUGUCAAGAUGGGUAUCCAUGUGUAGCAGCAGGGACAUGGUGUCGUUACUGCUGUGAAACGUGGAACAUCACUGAAAAUACUCCUGCCAAUCCUAAUAACGGAAGCUUAAGACAGUGUUCUAAAUUUACACUCAGCACCUGUUGUCAAGAGUCAGAAGUGAUUUCUUGCUUUGGCGGUAUAAGUGUUAGCAUCGGUAUUAUAUUUGCAAUUGUAUGUCCAUCCCUUCUGUUCAUCACCGGCAUCGUACUCUUUGCGGUCUUCAGACGGUACAAAUGUCGAUGUGUUAAUCGAACAAAAACCGGUCAGCCGCAGACGUGGAAAAGUCAAGGAUGCCAAUUCCAACCGACUUAUCCAACACAAAUUGAUCAACAGCUUCACGGUAAAUUCCAUGAACAAGGCAUUCAGCGAGACAAUCCGCCUCCGUACACGGCGUACGAAGAGGGCCCACCACCAUAUACAUCAAUCACAGAUGCAACUGUGUCAGUAGAUGAGAAUGUUUCUGUAUAAUAAACUCAUAAUUUUUGUCU